AAAUCUACUAUAUAAGACUUGAAAUAUAUUUUAGUCUUGAAAUAGAGCAAGGUAAAAACCAAGGGCUUUGAAUGGCUGUUUCCACUACAAAAAGGCAUUUUGGAGCUUCAAAAUCAAAUGGGGCUUUCUCCCAAACCUUCAAUUUCUCGGUAAAGUAUCAGUCUUUGGCUUCCUCUCAUUAUGCACUUGUUGCUGUGGCCACUUUCAGAGAUCUUGAGAUUCUUUUCUGUCUCUUCACAUUCCAAAAGUGAAUGCGAUUGAAAUUUUGAAGCGUAUAAAUUUCUUGUUUUGUGUUCAUAUCAUCUUUAACAAUACCAACUCUUCCGCCAAAACUCAACCCCCUUGUGCUCCUAAUGCUAACCACCAAAAUCGUGUAAAACAAUGAUGUGGGUAUUCCACCCCAGUCCCAGAUAGGUUAUGCGGUCACCAAGGCCAAAACUUGAUGAACCCUUUUAUGCAGCCACUACCCAUAAAUUCAGCACCUUUCGCUUCGUUGUCAUUUCUGUGGAAAUCGUUUGUUCUACGCUGAAUUUCAUUUUCGUCCUUUAGAAGUUGGGAAAUAUGGCGUGGAGGUUUUUGGCAUUACGCCCUCUCACUAAAUUUCACUUCCACAACAAUCUCUCCUUCAAUUCCUCAUUUCCAAAAACAAGCUUGGACUAUGCAGUGUGCAAGGUUCGUGGCCAGGAACCUAUUUUUUAUCAGCUCUAUUAUAUGAAAACAUGUUCCAUCCUGGGAAGCAUAAGCUUUCAUUCAUGUUCAUUUCUGAAGUAUAACAAUAAGGUUGCAGAGAAACACCAUCAGGAUUCUGAGAAGGCCCCGAGUGGUAAUGAGGGUAAUGGCAAUGCCAAAGAAAAUAAGAAAAAAUUGAAAGGGAAAAGAGCAGUAGUAAGAUGGCUGAAGUUCUUUAGAUUUAAGAAGAAGAAAGAGUAUGAAAGGAUGACAUCAGAGGAAAAAAUUUUAUACAAAUUGUUGAAGGCUCGAAAGAAAGAAGAGAGACUUUGUGAAGCCCUAAAAAAGAUUGAGCCUGCUGAAUCUUCUGAAACAACCCACGAUCCUGAGAUAUUGACUCCGGAAGAACACUUUUUCUUCUUAAAGAUGGGCCUUAAAUGCAAAAAUUAUGUGCCAGUUGGAAGGCGAGGAAUUUACCAAGGUGUAAUUUUGAACAUGCAUCUACAUUGGAAAAAACAUCAGACUUUGAAAGUAGUGGUGAAGACAUUUUCAGUAGAGGAGGUUAAGGACAUUGCUGUUGAGCUGGCAAGAUUGAGUGGAGGUAUAGUGCUUGACAUUCAUGAAGAUAACACAAUAAUAAUGUACAGAGGGAAAAACUACUCUCAACCACCAACAGAGAUUAUGUCUCCACGAGUGUCUCUUUCGAGAAAGAAGGCAUUGGAUAAAUCCAAAUACAGGGAUGCUCUCCGUGCUGUGAGGAGAUAUAUUCCAAGACUAGAGCAAGAACUUGAAAUUCUGCAAGCGCAAUUCAAAAGUGCAGCAGAGAGUAAUACAUAUGCUUCUGAUGCAAUCCAGGACAUUGACAGAGAGAGAAUUUCAAAUUUUCAGUUAGACAAUUCAGAUAAACACCAAGAGUUGAUGGAUGAUAACAUUGGAAGCACAGAAGAUGAGACAGAUAAUGACUCUGAAUUGGAUUCUGAUUCCGAUAAGUUAUCAGAUAUAUUUGAGACAGAUUCGGAUGUAGAGAAUUUCACCAAAGAGGAAAAACCUCUUUAUUUGGAUGAGUUUGAUAAGUUUCCAGAGCAAAGCAAUGGAGAAACAAAUGAUUUUGAGGAGCAUCUACGACAAAUGUCUCUGAAUUCGAAACACAUGGAAAAGGACCAAGACUUACCAAAGCUGGAUGAAGUUGACAGGAUUUUUCUGCAUGCCACAUCCUUUUUAAAGAAAAAAACAAAAUGAGAAAUUUGCCAAACGCGAUUGUUGUAAUCAUCAUACCAUAGAAAGAGCAGCCUUACAAAAAUUACGAUGUACAACAAUGAAUGGCUUUUCUAAAUUACAAAAUUUUUACA